GGCUGGCUUUCCCGAUUGUCCAAUGACGUUUCGUGGGCGGAGUUUGGUCUCCAUACUCUGACUAUGUGUCAGUUCCCAGUUCUGAGCUAAACAAAGCACUAGAAAGAAAAAGGAGAACUAACCUGCAAAGAGGGGGCUAAAAUCAGGCUUCAGACGCAUCAAAACCUUCGAGGAAAAAAGUUUGCAUAUUCCAGAGAGCAGCGCCAUCAUUAUUUAAAAGGAUUAGCACCCUGAUUCAAAGUUGAACCUGUUUUUUUUUUUUUUUUUUUUUUUGCAGAGCAGGAGUGGCUAAAGGCUGCAAUUCAGAUCAUAUUUCACUCAGACCAGCUGGGAAAGAGAGGGCUUGCUUUUCCUCUGGUCACACAGAGAGAUCCGAAGGAAUUUCCAAGGAUUUAGCUCCAGCCUGAAGGAUAAGUGUGGUUCUCUGCUGGAGGUGACGCAGACGAGAAGGCUGAGAUGGAUGAUCAGCCCAGGUUGAUGCACUCUCAUGCGGGGGUCGGGAUGGCUGGACACCCCGGCCUGCCCCAACACAUGCAGGAUGGCACAGCGACAGACGGGGAUGGCAGAAAACAGGACAUAGGAGACAUUUUACAGCAAAUAAUGACCAUUACAGACCAAAGUCUGGACGAAGCACAGGCCAGGAAACAUGCGUUAAAUUGUCAUAGAAUGAAGCCUGCUCUUUUCAACGUCUUGUGUGAAAUUAAAGAAAAAACAGUGCUGAGUAUCCGAGGGGCCCAGGAGGAGGAGCCCCCAGAUGCCCAGCUCAUGCGUCUGGACAACAUGCUGCUGGCGGAAGGCGUCUCUGGUCCUGAGAAAGGGGGCGGAUCAGCAGCAGCGGCCGCGGCGGCUGCAGCCUCCGGUGGAGCUGGAUCGGACAACUCUGCUGAGCAUUCAGACUACAGAGCCAAACUGACACAGAUCCGGCAGAUCUACCACACCGAGCUGGAGAAAUACGAACAGAUGGUAUCCAAGGGCGGAAGGAGUGGCAAUCAGAAUUUCACAGGAAAUGCUGGCUACGGAAUGCAGGCAUGCAAUGAGUUUACUACCCAUGUGAUGAACCUCCUGCGAGAGCAGAGCAGGACUCGACCCAUCUCCCCAAAAGAGAUUGAGCGAAUGGUCGGCAUUAUUCAUCGCAAGUUCAGCUCCAUUCAGAUGCAACUGAAGCAGAGCACAUGUGAGGCUGUCAUGAUCCUGCGCUCACGAUUCCUUGAUGCAAGGCGGAAGAGACGGAACUUCAACAAACAGGCAACAGAGAUCCUGAAUGAGUAUUUCUACUCGCACCUCAGCAACCCCUACCCCAGUGAGGAAGCCAAAGAAGAGCUGGCAAAGAAGUGUGCCAUCACCGUUUCACAGGUAUCGAACUGGUUUGGUAAUAAACGAAUCCGAUACAAGAAAAAUAUUGGGAAAUUCCAAGAGGAAGCCAACAUAUAUGCUGCCAAAACUGCCGUCAACGCCACCCAUGUAUCGGCACAUGGAAGCCAAGCCAACUCCCCAUCCACUCCAAACUCUGCAGGUUCUUCCGGUUCUUUUAACAUGUCAAAUUCCGGAGACUUGUUCAUGAACGUGCAGUCACUCAAUGGGGAUUCUUACCAGGGGGCCCAGGUUGGAGCCAACGUGCAGUCACAGGUGGAUACCCUUCGCCAUGUUAUCAGUCAGACAGGCGGAUACAGUGAUGGACUCGCAGCAAGCCAGAUGUACAGUCCGCAGGCCAUCAAUGCUAACGGAGGCUGGCAAGAUGCUACUACCCCCUCAUCAGUGACAUCACCAACAGAAGGACCCGGAAGUGUUCACUCCGAUACCUCCAACUGAUCUCUUAGCAAUGGAACCCCCAUUAGAUGAUGGGAUUUCUCCCACAUAAACCAAUCAGAGGUCAACUAACCAAUAACCACAUAGGAUGUCCUUCUGCUUGGAGUGCAUACUUUUUUUUUUUAAUAAUAGUAAUGAUAACAUCAAUACUGACAGUUCGUUAUACCCUUUCUUUUCUCUCUGGGUAGAAGCCCCCCCUGACACUGAAGAACAUUUGAACCAGAAUAGGAAUUUAAAUAAAAGAAAACAUGUGUUUGUACAAUUUUCACAAUAUUCUGAGGAUCGAGUUUACCUCUCUGUAAUCUCUCACUCCUACAGUCCAACAGGCACCCCUUCUCUUUAGGUUAAAUACUUUCACACUACCUCUCAGCAAACAAACAAACAAACAAAAGAUAUCUUUUUUUUUCUCUAAAACUUUGUUAUACUACUAAUAGCGUCAGAAAGCACCAGUUCACCACCUUCUUUCCAGACGGUUAGAUUUAAUGGACACUUUUAUGUCUUUCAUCUUACAGUAUUUAUCUGAGAUUGUACUUCUGGAAUUAUUUUAUAGUGUUCACCAAUAUCCCUCAUGAGAAAAUAUCAUAGCAACUAGAGAUUUACACUCUAACAGUUUUGCAUGGAGUUCUGCAACAGACAAAAUAAAAAAAAAAUUAAAACAUUAAAUGAAUACCAGCAGAGGUCUGCAUGGCAUCAGAAAAACAGUACAAUAAAAAUGGAAAACUUCAAUCUUGUAGUUUAUUGCUGUUCAGUGAUGGGCUCUCAGUUGGCAGGGACAGCUUUGUGUAGUGCAUUCUAGGGCAGAUCUAACAACAGAAAAGCAGGUCCUGCUGUAUGCACACACAUCCUCAAACAACCAGAAUAACAUCAGAAGAAUCACCUUCAAAACGUGUGUGUUACAAAAGCAUAAUCAUCAGUGGUAACGGACUCAACUGAACCUAUACCAGGAGAAGUGACAAAAAUGAAAUUCACCUGCAUUACAGUGCACGGGCGGUCUAGGAAUGGACCUACAGAGCAGAUUUGUGGUAAAGUGUGUUCACACUGGACUGCACGGCAAAUUUAUAUUGUAUGCCUCUGUUACCCGAGAGUGCUUUUCUCUAGAUGGUUAAGCAGUUAAUAUUAUUAUUAUUAUUAUUAUUAUUAUUAUUAUUAUUAUUAUUAUUAUUAUCUGUGUACAGAUGGUAUCUCAUUAUAGCAAGAUGCAAGAAUCCUAACUAUGUAGUUAAUAAAUGCUAACAUACUCUUUGAACCAAGUUCAUCUGUACAUCUGUUUUUAUACAAGAAUUUAAAAUACAUUGUAAUGCACACUACAGGCCAAAAUUUGAUUGACAAGUCCAUUUUAGCAUCUAAUUUGCAUGCACUGCAGGUUCUAUGAACUUUUAACUGCAUAACAGAAAUAUGCACACACACACACACCACUUUUAAUUCAGAUGUUGCCAGUCCAUAGGAUACAAUAGGAGUGUACUUCAGUAGUUGUAUGUGAAUAAAAAAAAGCCAAUUUUAAUAGAAUGCACCAAUGUUGCAUGAUACUGCUAAAUGCAGUCUGCAAUAGUCUGCUACCUGCCAAAAGAUUUCCGUUCAUUUCAGCAAACUAAUCCAAAAUGUGAAAUGUAGUGAGAUUUUAUUUUCAGUUUAUAUUUUAUCUGAUUUACACAUUUAAAAAUAACAACAACAACAACAAUAGUAGUAAUAAUAAUAAUAAUAAUAAUAAUAAUAAUAAUAAUAAUAAUAAUAUUUAUACUGGUUGCCUUCUCUUGCAAUUCUAUAUAUCUGCCCAGAUCGUUACUUUGAUACCAAAUACUGCAGAAGUUAGAAUUCUAUACAUUGUCAGCUUUAUUAACAAAUUUUCAUGGUUUCUUGCAAAUUGUGUCUUGUUGUUUGUAGUAUUGAUGAACAUUUGAUAUGGAUGUUCUUGUAUACUCAAAACCAAAAAUGCAGUCAGAAUUCAGAAGUGUUUAGAAGAAUACCUUCAUGGCACGCAAACACAAAUUGUUUGGAUAUAUUUUUACGUGUCGUUUUGUUGUCAACAGAAUAGUUGUUUCUCUUUUAUGUUGCGGCACAGAACUACCUACAUUUUUUUUCUUUCUUGUACUCAUCUGUGGAUUAGCUCAAGGAUGCUAGAUAUAUGUAGAAGUGCACUUUUGUUCUUGUUUUGCUUCUUUCAAAUGGACAGUAUCCAUUUUGUUAUCUAAUGUAAGUGAUCAAAAAGUCAAAAUAGGCUUUUCUGGGGGUUUGGUUAUACAUUAGGGCUAUAAUAAAACUGACUUUGUACGUUCUAGAGUAUAGCAAUUAACUUUUUUUUUUUUUUUAAAUGGAUACUGUCUUUUAAAGGUGAUGUGAAAAGUUCGAAAUUCCAACAUUUCUAGUCAGAUACUUCAAAAAAGAUCUAUCUACAUAUAUAUAUAUAUAUAUAUAUAUAUAUAUAUAUAUAUAUAUAUAUAUAUAUAUAUAUAUAUAUAUAUAUAUAUGUAGAUAUAUCACUUCAGUAUGAUGGAACAUCUUGUUCAAGGGAAUACCUCCUGUGCAGAUACAUUCUUAUGGGGUAUUUCAAUGCAGCAAGCAUACAAUUAUGAUUCAGUAAUACAUUUGUGUCGAUCAUUGUAAAGUAAACAUGUCCAUCCUCUUUUUAUGUUAUUGUAAACCUUUAAAGAAUAUUUUUACAUUUCAGUUCCAAUUGCAUGAAGAGUCCGCUUUCAGCAUUACAAUGUGGCUCUUUUUGAUUAUCACUUUUCACAUCGCCUCUUCUUUUCCACGGUAUAAUUCAAAAGCCUCAUGUAAUGAUGCUUUAUUUUUGCAAAAAAAGAAAAAAGAAAAAAAUGAGCAAUUUGUAAAACAUCAGAUGUUUUCUUUGUUGCAUGUCUUUUGUUCUUAAAAAAAACAAAAAAAAAAAACAAUACUGCAGUGUUUUUUGAAUGUUUCUUCUUUUUUAUAUAACGGUUUGUGAUGAAAUUGCUGAGCCCUGCUCUGGCCCAGUUUUAACUUUUAAGAUCUCUGCAUAAUUAUGUAAAAAGAUAUUAAAAUGAAAACACACAACUAGUGUCUUUUUGAUUCCAACUAAAACUCUUGUGUUCUGUGAGAAAAAAAAAAAAAAUAACAAGGUGUAGGUUUUAUGGUCUCUUAAUUUGUACUGUUAAUGCAUAUUCCAAAUAAAUAGUUUUUUUUUGUUGCAAGAUA